AUGACAUUGAUUAUAAUAAUGCGCAAGUGCUGUGUCCCAAACUGUCGAUCCAAUCAUACCAAACCUUAUGUUUCCGUUUUCACAUUUCCAAAAGACCCUGCAGUUACAAAUGUAUGGCUAAAACAAAUUGGAAGACCUACUUUAAAGGUGAAUGAAAACAUUGGAGUGUGUAUCAAACACUUCGAAAAAGAUGCCAUUGUUGGGAGAGGAUUGACCAAGUUUGCAACUCUAAAGAAAAAGGUAUCUGUUAAACAUGGAGCUGUUCCCACUUUGUUUGAAGAUUCCAUUCAUUAUUCAUCAGAUGAAUAUGACUCAUCCAAAGAAACUGCGCAAGUGCAGGAUUCAAAUUCUUGUCCAAAAAUGGAAGAACGAACAAUGGCAUCAAAUGAAAUGGAUACUGAUUCAUCUGAAAAAACUAAUUCUUCAAAUUUUCUUGAUAGUCUACCUUCACCCUAUAAAAAUUUGCCCUCUGUUAGCGUGUGUUUAAAAGGAGAAGAUAUAGUUGAAAUUCCAAAAGAGACAGGAAGGCCUGCAAAAAGGCUUUCGAUCUAUGGACAGAACAAUAGCAGUAAUGAAGUUAAAUCACUUGCACCUCAUCCGCCCAAAAGAAAACGAAUAGAAAAGCCUCCUCCAAGUGUUAUUGGAAGAGAGAAUGAUUGCUUUUGCUGGAUGUGCCACAAAGAGAAUAUUAUGUUGACUUGCAUGGCUUGCCCUAGAGCUUAUCACCAAAGAUGCUUAAGUGAUAGUUGUGAAAUAACUCUUCCUGAUUGGGUUUGUCCAGAAUGUAUACGUGUUCUUGCAGCUGAAGAUGUUGAUACACGAUCUUCUACUUUAACUGAAAUAUCGUUAGACAAUCUAUGUGGCCUGUUAAAACUUUGGGUAUCAAAAAUGCGGCAAAGAGCUCCUGUUGCAUUUCAUCAUCCUGUCUCUUUGGAACUGUAUCCAGCAUAUCCUCAAUACGUUAUUCAUCCGAUGGAUUUGAGCCUUCUUGAAAAUAACAUCAAGCAAAAACUUUAUGGCUGUACUGAAGCGUUUUUGGCUGACGUUAAAUGGAUACUUCAUAAUUCCUGUGUAUUUAAUGGAACUCAACAUCCAUUGAGUACAAAUGCCAGAUCAAUAGUUAAAACCUGCGAAACUGAUAUGCAAGAAUUAGAAAUAUGCCCUGAUUGCUUCAAGCACAGCAUAAUUAGAAACAAGUACUGGUUUGCUGAAGUCUGUAGAAAGCCUCAUCCAUUAGUUUGGGCAAAGCUAAAAGGAUUCCCAUAUUGGCCAGCAAAGGUUGUUCGAAUAUCUGGUGGUAAUGUAGAUGCAAGGUUUUUUGGAGCUCAUGAUAGAGCAUGGGUACCUAUUAUUCAUUGCUAUCAUCUGUCAAAAGAAAUGCCAACUUCAAGUAAACCAAAGAAGAAAGGAAAUUAUGAAGCUGCAUUAGAUGAGUUAAACGUUCAUGUUCAUUUACUGAUUCAAAAAUUUGGCUCAUUUGAAUAUGCUCCUUAUCGGACCGUUUUUGACCCUGAUAAUGCUAGUCUUGCUUAUCAUGGUAUGGAUAUUAACAAAACUAUAAAUGAAGAUGGCAAAUUUGACAGUUCUGUGACAAGCCAGUGUGAAUUUGAUUCUCCUGCCAAAGAAAGAUUUACAAUAAAUGAAACAGAAUCCGAGAUGAAAAGCGAUUCUGAUGUUGAAUCAAAAAAUCAGCAGUCUACUGAAAAUGCUUCUACUCAUUCUUCACUCACUGAAAAUUCUUCGCCAGUAAACGAGAAGAAUGUUCAAGAUUCAAAUCUUGACUCGCUCAAGAUGAAUUCACCUGCUGAAAAAGCUACUGAACUGAAUGAAAUUACUUCAAAAAAUAUAGAUGAUGAAGAAAAUUCAAAUUCUUCAGGGAUUUCUAAAAAAUCUAACGAGGGUACAAAACCAAAUUCAGUAUCAGAGGAUCCUUUAGCAAAAUCUGAUUCUUUAGAUCAAUUAAGAAAACUUGAACUAGCUUUAGAAAGAAUAAAAGGGUAUGUUUGCAGCAAUGAUGAUCAAGAGAAAAGUGAAAGUAAUAAAGAAGGCGAGAAAGAUAACGAUGAUAGUAAAGUAAAUACUAGGGAAAAUGAAAAAUGUGAGCCACCAAAAACAGCAUUUGAAUCAAUGCCUACUUUGUCUCUUGAUAUUCUAUCAAAUAAUCUUGACGAAAAACAAACAGAUUCAAACACAGAAGUUCUAAAUGUUACAAAAAAGAAAGAUUCAUUUUUCCUAAAAUUAAACGAAACAAUUGAGUCUUGCAAAGCUAAAUUAGGAAUUGAUGAAAUAGUGGAAGAAUCAUCAUCUGAAAAUGAAUCAGGUGAAGAUGAAAAUGAUAAUAGUGAAGAUGAUAAUGAUGCAGAAAAUUCAGCAGAUGAGGAUGAGGAUGAUGAAGAUGACGAUGAAGUUGAAAAUGCAGAAGCAGGUGCGGAAGAAGAAAGAACUAAAAAUAAAGAUGCCGAUGAAACUGAAGAUGUUGUGGAAGAAAAGGAAAGUGGUGAUUCUGAUCAAGAAGAUAGUGACUCUACAAGUUCUGGUAGUGAAGGUGAUUCAAAUGCUGAGUCAUCUGAAACAGACAUUGAAGAAAUUACUGUAGAAUCUAAUGAUACUAAUGAUCAAGUUUUAGAUUCUGAAACCCAUUUGGACAAGCAAACUCCAGCUACCACACAACAAAAAGAAAUAAUUGAAGAGGUAAUAAUAGAUUCUAAUGAGGCUACUGAUGAAAGUACUUUCACAUUGCAAAAAAAUUCUUCCAAUGUUACUUUAAAUGUGCUGAGUAGUGAAAACACUCCCCCAGAAUCUGAAAAAAAUACUAAAGCUGAUGAAACUGAUAAGAGCACAAAUGAGGCUUCAGAAGUUGGUAUAAUUGAUAGCCCAGAUGUCAAUAUAAUUGCAGUUGAUCCAAGUGAUAAAGCUUCUGAACCUUCUCCUUCAAAAACCACUAAUGUACUUCAAAAUUCUGAUGUUUGUACUAAAGAAAAGGUAACUGAGAAAACUGUGGAAGAGUUGCCUGAUGAUAUUGAUAGUAAUAGAUCUGAUUCAAAUAAGUUAAAAUGCUUAAAGCUUUCUAGUCCUAAAGAUGUCGAUGAAGACGAUGAUAUAUAUAUAUGUCCACCUGUCAAGCCACCAACACCACCUUUAAUAUGUCUUGAUGAUUGUUCCGAAACUGAGCCUGAAGGUGAGUCGACAGUCUCAAAUAAAGUGGAGGACAGUAGAAAUGGUAGAAAAGUCAAUGUACAAGACAUCACUAACAGCAAAAAUAUUCUUUCUAUUAAAAAUGAAAUAAAAAAUAAAACAGGUAGGGAGAGCAUCCUGUCCCAUUUUCCUGUUGCUCCUAAGAAGAAACAGACAGAAAAGAGCUCUUCAGCUAGUUAUAGUUACUCUAGCUCUGAUGAUAGUAGUGAUGAAUAUGAUAGCUGUAACUAUGAACCCCCUGUAAAAAGACCUCUUACUGGUGCUAAAAGAACCUUUCGAAAAGCAGAAAGUGCUCAUCUGCCAAAUUUAAAUAAAACUAACACAAAUCCAAGUAUGGUUCAAAGUAGUGUUAUGACUGAGAAGCCCUCAUCAUGUGUUCCUUUAGAUAGUCAAAAUGAACCAUCUUGCUCAUCUUCUAAUGCUGCAGAUGACAGAGAUAACAGAAAUACUGAUCUUCUUGUUGAGGUGGAGGAAGUUAGAAUCGAAAAUGAAGAAACAUCUGUCAGAAGUGAGAAUGCUGUUUCAAAAUUGAAUGACAUGGAUGAAAAAGAUGCUGAAAUCAAAAGAAUGAAGGAUAAAUUGAGAGAUCUAGUCACUGGUAUUAAAAUUCAGGCAUGGAAAUUUGCUCAAGAAAAGGAGGAACUUAGACAUAAUAUGAAUUUGAUAAUAAUGGAAAUGAGAGCUAGCUUAGAAAUGGAUAAAAAGGCUACUAUUGAAAGUUUAACGAAGAAAUUCGAGAGUGAAAAGAAUCGAGCUAUUGAAGAAGCAAAAAGGAAACAGUGGUGUGCAAAUUGUCUUCAAGAAUCAAGAUAUUCUUGCUGUUGGAAUACAAGUUAUUGUACAUUUAACUGUCAAAAGCAACAUUUUGCAGAACAUCAGAAAUUCUGCUCUCAGUUGAAGGGGAAAACAGGUUUGGAAAAUAGACCAGAAAUAAAAUUAAAGUUGACUCCAUCACCUUUGCCGGAAAAUUCUGAAAAUAAAAAACUGUUUGUUGUAAAUGUAAAGCCACCUGAUUCUUUAAAGCCUGGUGAUGUAAAAUCAGCUACCACAUUUCAAGCUUCUGUUCCUAAAUCUCCUAUUGUUGUCACAUCAAAAAAUUCUAUGCAACUUGUUAAAAGCCCAGGAACAAUUACUUCACAACAAAUUCAAGUUUUGCCCAACAAAAGUAUUCAGGUAGUCUUCUCCCCAAAAGUUGUUGAUUCUCAUGUUCAACCAUCUUCUCAGUUAUCAACGUCACAAGCAUCACCCAUACCAUCUUCUCAGUUAUCAACUUCACAAGCAUCACCCAUACCAUCUUCUCAGUUAUCAACUUCACAAGCAUCACCCAUUCCUGUUGUGUCUACAGUAACACCUAACAAGCAAGAAUCAAAUCCACAAUCUAUGGCAGGAACAAGUAGUGAAUCUUUAGAAUCGUCUCAAAUAAUUCAUGGUUUUAGGAGUAGAAAGUAUAAUUUAGAUACAGCGAUUUCCCUUUUAAGUAAGAAAAAUGAAGAAACAUCGUCUUCUGUGAAAAAGGGAGAUGAAGUAUCGAAAGAUAAAUCGGAAGAACAUUUCUCUUCUCCAGAAAAAAACUCUGAUACAUUAGAAGCUGUUCAUUUGAAUACUGAUGAACUUCAAAGAAAUUCUAAUGAUGAUGAAGAUAAGAAUUCUGAUUUGGAUGAAGCAACAAAAGAGCAAAUUUGUGAAUCAUUUCUUAAUGAAAGAAAUUUAAUUUUAUCUGAUGAUGAUAAAUUAACAAAAGAUAUGGUAAAUAUUGGAUUUGGAAUUGAUGUUAAAGUCAAGCUCAUUAAUAAAUGUUUAAUUUAUGGCAACACUGUUCAUAAGUUAACACGUUGCCUUGUAGAUGCAUUAUUUCCAGACAUUAAAUUGCUAGCCACUUGUUCUGCUUAUGGUCAAAACUCUAGCACAAGACUGACAAAAGCAGCUUUACCAGCCAGAAAGGUUGCAGCAAUUAUUGAUUUUGUGCAGAAACGAUUUCCCAAAGCACACAGAAAUGAAAUUGUUGCCGAAAUUAAUUUAAAGUGUGACGAAGCUAGAUUUAUUAAUUUAAAGCAAGAUCCAUCCAAAAAAUCUCAGGUUGCUGAAAUUUUGGCAAAGGAAAGGGAAAGACGUGCUAGCGAAAACUCAGAUGAAACUGUGAAAUGCGUUGUUGCUCCUUCAUCCACCACAUCAAUCCUUUCUUCUCCUCUACAAAAAGUUCCAAAUGUUGUUUCUAUCAAACGCCCUUCUGUAGUUUGCAGUUCACCAAAUAUUCUUUUCCCUAGAAAGGCAAGUCCGAAUUUAGUACGGUAUGCUUCACCUAUCCUUAUACAACCUAAACCUCCUCCCAAUAUUGAACUGCAUGAACCUGCAAAAAAGCGUCUGACUGUCAGGAACUUGUUGGAUGCAACUAAAGUAGACGGUGCAACCAAACAAACUGGUAUAGUUAGUAUUCUGGAAAAAAGUAAACCUCCUUCAUAUCUUAGUCAACCUGUGCCACAUCAAAACUAUCCAGUGAGACCUUAUGUUAUAAUUGGAACAACUACUGGCAAGCAGAGCACUUCUACCACUCAGGCACCUCCAGUUCAGACAUCUUCAUCAAGUGUCAAACCCUAAAUUACAAUUUUCCAAAAUCAUAGCAUUGUAUUAUAAAAUUUGUCCAGAAACUUGUGCAGUUACUGUUAUGAUUAUUUAAAUUUGUGGCAAAAAUCAAAUUAUGAAUGAAUUCUUUGUAAAAUGCAAAAUUAUAAAUGGAAGUCAUGAAAAGUAUCAACAAUUGUUUUCUCAUUAUUUUUGCAUUGUAUUGUAAUUAUUCAUGUAUGCCAAAAAUAUCUAAGACUUUAAAACAAUUUUCAUACUGUAUAUUUGUUUCAAUCUUUGAUGUAUAUUCAGCAAAUUGUUAUUUUAUAUGUGUAAAUAAAAUAUGCAGUUAUAAUGUU